AUGGCGAACGCUGUAAAUCAACCAACAAAACAAAACAACGACGAGCCAAAACGGCAUCGUUCCGUAUUCGAACUCCCGCAGGAUUUCUUCGAUUCCUGCCGCCUCCUCCACUCCCCAUCGGCGUCUCUUUCCGAUUAUACUUCCAAACUCUCUCUCCAAACCCCCGACGAUGUGGUUGAGGAAUCAAAUCCCGAUGAGGAAAUUAUCAGUGAGGAUAACGAUGUUGAUGUUAAUAAUAGCAGUAGUUAUAAGAAUAAUAAUGUUAAUGCUAUUCAAAGAUGGUCCUGCAACACUUGCAAGGUGGAGUUCGAGUCUCUCCAGGACCAGCGCUCUCAUUUCAAAUCGGACAUUCAUCGCUUCAAUAUAAAGCUAAGUAUUGCUGGAAAAGAAAUUAUUAAGGAGGAAGAUUUUGACGAAACGUCCGAUUCUUUGAACAAAGACUAUGACAUAUCAAGCAUUUCAGGAUCAGAAGACGAAGAUGAGAGAGAAACUGGACACUUCGAUGACAGGCAACAUGGAUUUGGCGGAAUUUCAAAGAAUAAAAUACUUGUACAGUUGCAGACUGGGGAGAGAAUUUCAGUUUGGAAAAGUUUACUUCUUGAUGAGUCUGUCAGUAUUUCAUUCGAAAGUGACAAGUCUGCUGUCAUAGAUGGUGGAGUGCAUAGGCCAUAUUUGACCGAUGGGGAAGUGACUGGAAAACUGAAAUCUCUCAUCUGCGAACCUAGAGAUAAAACUCACUUGAGGAUUGUGUUACUUGCAAGGGGUGGGCAUUUUGCUGGCUGUGUAUUUGAUGGAAAUUCAAUUGUAGCUCACAAAACAUUCCACAGAUAUGUUGUACGGGCCAAAGCUGGUAAAAAGCAGUCAUCAAAAGACGCAAGUUCUCGGGGUAUUCAUUCUGCUGGAGCAUCGCUUCGUAGAUACAAUGAACUCGCUCUUAGAAAGGAUAUUCAAGAACUGCUUACUGCAUGGAAGCCUCAUUUUUCGGUUUCAUCUUGCAUUUUCUUACACGCUCCUUCAAAUAAUCGUCAACUUUUCUUUGAAGGAGAGAGACCUUAUUUUAUCUGUCAGCGUCAGGCGAUUCGAAAUAUUCCAUUGACUAUUAGGAGACCUACAUUUAGGGAAGCGAGACGGGUAUACAGUUUGUUGACACAAAUUUCCCCUGAGAUUAGUGAGGAGACAACAAUUAAUACACAAGAGGAUGUAUUCUCAGGUGCAACCGUCGUGAGCAGUAGGUACCCUGACUCCAGCGGAAUGGAGUUGAGGGAAAGGUUGGAGACUGGAGAAACUAUUGCAGCUUGUUCCAGUGUCGAAAAGAUAGAUAAUUUGUCUGCAUCAAGUGAGGAAGAAAUGGAUGGUGACCUUAUUGGUGGAAUAUCUACAGCUUUACAUGAAGCAGCAAUGUCUGGGAAUCCUCAAAAAGUUCUAGAGCUCCUGGAACAGGGUCUGGAUCCUUGUAUUAAAGAUGAGAGAGGGCGAACUCCAUAUAUGCUUGCCAGUGAGAAGGAAGUGAGGAAUACUUUUAGACGUUUCAUGGCAUCAAACCUUGAUAAGUGGGAUUGGCAAGCUUCUAAGGUCCCUGGUGUACUGACGAAAGAGAUGGAAGAAUCCCAAGCUACGAAACAGGCUGAGAAAGAUGCCAAGAGGAAAGCAAAAGCAAAAGAGAGGAAAAAAUUACGUAGAGCAAAAGAAAAGAAAGCUCAGGCUGUGGCUGCUGAAUCCCAGAAUACUUCAGUUGUGUCAGAAAGUCGUGGAGCCACUCCAAUUUCAUCUCAUAAAGGGCAUUCUCAAUCUAGUCGUCCUGCAAUAAUCUCUAAAGAGGAAGAGCUGAAAAGAAUUCAAGACGCUGAGAGGGAAAAGAGAGCGGCUGCUGCUGAGAAAAGAAUAGCAGCACUCAAAGCUCGAGACACUGGAUCAAUUGAUGCUCCAAGUAAUACAGGAGGAACUGAUAUUUUGUGCUCGUGUUGCCACACGUCACUGGUUGGUAAAGUACCCUUUCACCGGUAUAAUUAUAAGUACUGCAGCACAUCAUGCAUGCACGUGCACAGAGAGAUCCUCGAGGAUGAAUGA